UGAAGUGAAGCUGUGUUUUUAUCACAGUGCUCCCCAGGAGCAGCUAGACAAGCUAAAAGGCUUGAAGACGAGCAGCAUCUCUAUCAGGAGCAUGGAUGGCUAGAUCCCGACUAGAUUUUACUAAUUUGUUUAGCUUGUGAGCGGCCACUCUGGGGAAAGCCGUCAGCGAGUCUUAAGAUGCCCUAGACAGCGAGAGGGGGACAUGUAAAUGGCUUCCAAAGUAAAAGAUGCUGUGGUGUGGUACCAGAAAAAGAUUGGCGCCUAUGAUCAGCAGAUAUGGGAGAAGUCUGUGGAGCAGCGAGAAAUCAAGUUUAUAUCGCUGGGCCUGAGGAACAAGCCAAAGAAGACCGGACACGUCAAACCAGACCUUAUUGAUGUGGACCUGGUUAGAGGCUCAGCAUUUGCAAAGGCCAAACCAGAGAGUCCAUGGAUCUCGCUGACACGGAAGGGUAUCGUACGUGUCGUCUUCUUCCCCUUCUUCUACCGAUGGUGGAUCCAGGUCACUUCCAGAGCCAUCUUCCUCUUGCUGCUGGUGCUCUACCUGCUGCAAGUGGCGGCGGCCGUCCUCUACGUGAGCGUCCCGCAGCCUCAUGGCGUACCUGCCACUGAGGUGUUCGGUGCCCUCUGGCUGAUGCUACUGCUGGGCACUGUGCACUGUCAGAUUGUCUCCACCAGGACGCCGAAGCCUGCCUCCAGUGGCGGCGGGAAGAGACGCAGGAAGUUGAGGAAAGCCUCUCAGAUGGAGGUGCAUAGGGAAGGUGACGGCUCUAGCACUACCGAUAACACACAGGAGGGGGCACCACACUCCUACUCAGCCGGCGCCACUUACAGCCUGGGCACUCUCUUCCACGAUUUCUGGCAUGAUCUCUGUAAAGCUGGGUCCAAAAAGUCCAAGCUGUCCAUCGACAAGUCCACAGAGACAGACAACGGCUAUGUGUCACUUGACGGCCGCGUCAACAACCGUAGCAGCGAGGAGGGUCUGCAAUUUCACCACGAUGUCUUUAAUCGCCUUGACGAGGUGUGCUGGGCCACCCAUGGCCCGCCUUCACAUGCUUACGCUGCCCGCAGCGCCACCAGUAACAAAGUCCGCAAUCACACACACACAGUCCCAUUCACUUCAGCUGCAGUCUUCUUAGUGUGGCGGUCGUUCAUACAGGGGCCUGCAUCGGACGAGGCUUCCAGUGACGAGGACCCGGAGGCCUCCUAUAUUGCCCUACGCAGGGGAGUCGAGAGGCUUAACGCCGACUGCUCGCUACGAAACCGCAAGAGCACAAACUACAAGAAACACUACAUUGUGGAGGACGUUCCCAAAUCUGGCACCAGCUGUAGCUCCAGAUGCUCCAGCCUGAGGACUCAGGACUCGGAGAGCACUCGCCACGAGUCAGAGACAGAGGACCUGCUGUGGGAGGACUUCCUGCACUGUGCCGAGUGCCGGUCGUCCUGCACCUCGGAGACGGAGGGGGAAGGUGGAGGCGCGCCCAUAUGUCCUCCCACCAAGAAGGAAUACAGGGACGACCCUUUCCAUCAGGGCCACGCCCCGUGGCUACACAGCUCCAACCCAGGCUUGGAGAGGGUGAGCGCCAUCGUGUGGGAGGGCAACGAGUGCAAGAAGGCCGACAUGUCCGUCCUGGAGAUCAGUGGCAUGAUCAUGAACCGAGUGAAUCUUUACACUCCAGGGAUUGGUUACCAGGUGUUUGGGAAUCUGGUGUCAGUCACACUGGGACUUACCCCCUUUGCCUACAGGCUGGCUCAGCACCGCGACUUGGACCAGCUGACCACGCUCUCGGCCAACGAGCUGCUGUCUGUGGCACUGGCCGGCGGCUCCGGGUCGGAUGCCUUGGUGGUCACCAUGGUAACCGUGAGUUUCAUGGUGCGCGUGUGCCUCAUCUGGCUCUUCUUCUUCCUGCUCAGCGUUGCAGAGAGGACCUACAAGCAGAGGCUACUGUUUGCCAAACUGUUUGGUCACCUGACAUCAGCCCGCAGAGCCCGGAAGUCAGAAGUUCCUCAUUUUCGACUGAAGAAAGUGCAAAACAUCAAGAUAUGGUUGUCGCUACGCUCCUACCUCAAGCGUCGAGGUCCUCAGCGCUCUGUGGACGUGAUUGUGUCCUCUGCCUUCUUGUUAACACUUUCUGUGGUCUUCAUCUGCUGUGCACAGUUGCUGCAUGUGCACGAAACGUUCCUGGAGUGUCACUACAACUGGGAGUUAGUCAUCUGGUGUUCCAGCCUGUCCCUCUUCCUGCUCCGGUUUGUCACCCUGGGCUCUGAGACCAGCAAGAAGUACAGCAACACCUCCAUCUUGCUCACUGAACAGAUAAACUUGUACCUAAAGAUGGAGAAGAAGCCCAACAAGAAGGAGGAGCUUACGCUGGUCAACAAUGUGCUGAAACUGGCAACCAAACUACUCAAGGAGCUGGACACUCCCUUCAGGUUGUACGGUUUGACCAUGAACCCUCUGCUGUACAACAUCACCCAGGUGGUCAUCCUGUCUGCUGUGUCUGGGGUCAUCUCAGACCUGCUAGGAUUUAACUUGAAGCUGUGGAAGAUCAAGUCGUGACAGGACGGUGGCGACUCGGCAAGCAACUGAAGAAGACGUAUCAUCACUUUGUGCAAUUGACAAGCUAUUUAGCCGCUCAGUGUUUCAACUUUUUAUUUAAAUGUCCUAUUUAUGACGUCACUCCGCAAAGCGUUCUGUUUGGUUUUUACCAGUUUUGGUUUCUCAGCACAGUCCCGUGUGUUUGCAGGAAGUUUUAUCGUACCGUUUCAUUUUAGUUCAUUAUUUAUGCAUUCUACCUGUUUUGUUUUAAAUAACAAUGUUAAGCUUCAAGAAGUUACACAAAUGUUUGCUACAGUUGCUUCAAGUUGACAACAAAAAGGAAUGACAGCACUGAGUUAUAAUGGGACACUUUUUGUAACAACUGACUUCUGGUAAAUGGCUUGAAAGGCCAGACUGAGAGACUACAAAAAUGGUGGGCAGCAGCAGGACUACAAAUAUGGAGGACAUUCAUACAAAUUUCAAGCUUGUCUAAAAAAAAGAAUGCAAACAGGGAAUGGAAAUGAUUUAAACAACCAUGACUUAUUUUUAUGUCAAUGUACUUUAUUUUUGUAUCAUGUUUAUUUAGCUGCCCAGUGACGGUAUUUUAUGUUAACAUGUUCCCUCAGCACAGUCCAAACAAUUACACAUCUUGAAGAAUGUCAGCAAUGGCCUAAUAUUCAGUAAGAACAAGCUGUUUUUUUUUUCUUUUCAGUCAGACCACAAGUUGUUUUAGGCGGGGGCAGUUGACAUCAGUAUUAGGUUGUCACAUCAAACUAGACGUUUGUAAAACAAGAAAACCAUGCACUUUAAAUACACACAAAAACAUACAGUGAAGUCAUACUUGCAACAGUCCAAUCACAUUUCAAUUUUGGCAUAUUCAUCAUGUUUUGAAGGAGGAGACCAAAGUGCUUACUUUUUACCGCUGGUUUGUUUUUCUCUCUUCUGCUAAAAGAAUGUAUUUUCAGCUUUAAAUGUUUUUUCUUUGUCUUUUUGCUGUACUUUUUCAUAUUUGUGCAUUUUUUUCGUCUCGUUAUAUCAAUAUGUUGACGUUUUUAUUCCUCACACUUUUGAGGAGAAAAAGGCAUGUUUUAUUGUGUCAUUUUUUAAAGGAACAAAGAGGUGUGAAUAAUUUAAGACUUUUUGAGAGCGAACUGGUCUGUUGACACAUCUACAUUUUUAUAAUAAAAUCAAAAGCUGGAUGAUAA